GAAAGUUUUGGUCCUCUUAGUCUUCCAUUCGAGCCGAGUCGUGAGCAAAUAGCACACUACACAACACAACCGACAUCUGAGCGAGCGAGAAUGAGGGCGAGGUAGCCAAGUGGUGGGCAUGCAGGUCAAGUCACCACUCACCACCCCAGCUCACAUGCAACUUCAAUAUGAAACUCCAUCUUCAUUAAAAUUCCUUCAAUUCCCCUUUCAUUUGCAGACUAACCCGCCAGAAUCCUGAAAUUCCACGCCUAAAGGUACCAUCUUUACGUUCUCUGAAUACUGUUCGAAGAAACAAACCCUAGUCCUUGGCUUCGAACAUCUCCCACUACUGCUCAGCCAGCUCAAGAAAUCCGGUAGAUUUUUAUGUGUUUUUAAUGCUUUUUCUCAACAGUUGUUGAAUACCCAGACGUCAGUUUCGUUUUGGGUCAGGAAAGGCGAGGACUUUACCUCGUUUUUAAUAAAUCUGUGUUGCAGGACAGGUGUUUGUUUGUUUGCCUAGUACAGAUUUGUGUUUUCUUGUGAAACUAGAAUUGGCGCAUCGUUAAAUGAAUCAUAGUGGGUUUUCUUGGCUUGGAUUAAGGUUGAUUGUGCUAUUUUUUGGAUUCGGUUGAUAUGAAAACAUAAAGCCCCCCCUUUUAGCGGGCUUUCUGUCUCUUUCUCUUUCUAUGUCCCUUUCAAAUUCAAUCUGCUUGCCAUUUUCCUGCAUAUAAACCAUCAGCUUCUGCCUUUUGCCUGUUUUGGUAUUCUGUUUUGUGGUUGUAAUUUGUUUAAGCAAACAUGAAGCUUAAAAUUGUCUCACCCUUCUUGCAAUGUCCUUAUGUUGUUACGCCCCAAAUCUCCGGUUCCUUAGUACCCACCUCAUUUUCCUCGAAAAAUCAUAGUGAAAUGGAUUACAAAAUUGUCUGUGGACCUGUGUCUCUCCAUCCUGUUAGAGCAAGAAAUUUCUUGAGGUUACGUUUUCAGAGAGGUGAUGCAAUUAAGAGAAUUUGUUGUGUAAAUGUUAAUGGAGUUUUUGGGGAAGAGGGGUUUGAAUUUAGGGACAGAUUAGCUGAAAAGAUAGAGUUAGCAGAGGAUAAAGGGGAUUACUGUUGUGCAAUAUAUGAGAAGAGUCUAGGUUUAAGUAGUAGAAAAAAAGAUUCAAAAUUUCCUUCUCAUUUUGAUCCCUUGGAGCCUGCCAUGCUUGGAAUAAAUCCAGACCCUCCAAAUUGGCCUGAAAGGCAGUUGAUUAUGUGGGAGAAUGUUGAACAGAAAGCCAAGAGUUUUGGGCUUCCAUUGUCUUUGAGAAUGAUAAAGAAGAAGUUGCAAUGGGAGGUGGGCGUGAGGGAUUUGGGGGAGUCGGCUUGUUGUUCGGUGAAAAGGGCCUUCUCUUCGAUGGUGUCCAUCAUUGUGCAGCUGCAAACCUACGUGUUGCAGAUGAGGGAGGUGUUGUGUGAUGAGGAUUUGGAGGUGAUUGUUGCCAAAGUUCAACGAGAAAUGUGUGCGUCGUAUGUUUGGCUCUUUCAGAAAGUGUUCUCACGAACACCGGCAUUAAUGAUUUACCUUAUGAUCCUUUUAGCAAAUUUCAGUGUACAUUCUGCAUCCCUUAACAUUCCCGUAGCUGAUGCUACAUUACUGGGAUCAGUGCGUGCUUGUGAAAUUGCAGAGGCCGAGGCUGUUUCCAGAUUGAAUAAGAAUCUCGAUGUGGUCCCCGAGGAGUCAUCAGCUUUUGCUGAUCAAGAACUUAGGAAUGAAACCGACAUACAAUUAUGGAACUCCAUUGUCGACGAAGUGACAAAGAUGCGAGGUCUUGAGGAGGCGGGACUUGAUCGUGAAGUAAUGCAGAGCUUUGUUUCACCAUUGUCAGUCCACGUCGAACCGGAUUUCUUGGUGGACUACUUCAAAAUGGAUUUUCUCUACCAAAUGAUGCUGUCUCAGGAUCCUUAUAACACGCUUCUACUAUGCAAUUACGCGCAGUUUCUGCAUCUUGUUGCACAGGAUUACGAUAGGGCAGAGGAGUGCUUCAAACGGGGCAUGGAAGUGGAACCUCCCGACGGGGAAGUCCUCAGCCAGUAUGCGACCUUUUUGUGGACAGUAAGGAAGGAUUUGAGUGAGGCGGAAGAAAUGUACCGACAGGCGACAGAUGUUGAGCCUGGGAAUCCAUAUUAUGCAGCCCAGUACUCCAAUUUCCUAUGGAGCAAUGGCGGUGGCGAGGAGAGCUGCUCUCGGACGAAUUCGUCUUAUGAUAAUAUCAAGACUUUAAAUUCUUGACACAACAACAGAGCACUGAAGAUCACACUAGCAACCUCAGCUCAUAGUGCACUUUGUCAAGAAUUCAUGCUGGGGGGCUCUGAGCAGUGAGCAUGGUGCAACUAGCACAAAGUAAAAAGGUGAGACUAUAGUUGUGAUUAGAUUGAAGUAGAAAAACUAUCUAAAAAAUGAUAAAUUUUUUAGCAUUAUCAUUCUAUACUUGAAGUAUGUGUUGAAUAAUCUGCAGAACAAUUGGCUUGGUAAUUACACAGAUUUAAGUUUGAGUCUCUGUGGGAUUGGUUAUUAGUUUUCUUGGUUUAAGCAAGUAAGUUGUGGGUAAUCUUAGGUUAUUUUACUUUUAGAUAGUGGUUGUGCGGGAUUUUCUGUAAAUCAAAAGUGUGUUGAACAAGCUGCUGUAUAUUACCAUCAAUGGAUAUAAGUGCUUUUGUAAACAA